AUGGCGAGUCCACCGCCGAACAAUGCUCCUGGCAAUACCCAGGAAUACGACUCGCUCCCCCGGUGGCAACGCUUGAGCAGGCCAAGCGAGUUCAAAUCUUGGAAGAAAGUCCUCUUGGAGCGACUGCGCGAUCGUGGCCUAUCCCACGUACCUCUCGUGCCGCCAGCCCUUUCAGACCGGGAGCGAGAUGAUAGAUUACAGAGGCGGCCGACUGCAGAUGAGCUGCGUAGGGUCACCCUUGCGCUCAAAUUCAGCGUCAUAGCUCGGGUCAGAAAUGAGUUUCUUGGUGGUCUCUCACCGCUAAGAGAACAGAAGCCUUGGGACAUAUGGUCAGCGAUCCUUGGAUGGGCAGGGCAGCGGCCAGAAGACGAAAAUCAUGAAGCCUCUUCCUACACAUCACCAGAACCAGCCAGGCCAGUCAAGCCCCAGGGCGCCUGCUUUCUCUUUAACAAGCUCAGCUCUCUCCUGCAAAGCAUUGCUACUAUGGGACUCGCCUCAUUUGAUAAUUUUGAGGACUAUGUGUCAAGGUUCAACAGCUUACGCAAGCAGCUUUUGGCUAUAAGUUGCGACCUCAGCGAGAAGCAAUAUAUCGUAUUCUUCAUCAUGGGCAUCAAGGAUGCCGAGGAACACCAAGGAUGGAUUCGCGAUGUCAAGGAGGAAAUAGAAACAAACCCUGACAUCACUUUGGACUGGGUGCUGUCCAUUGCUAAUCCCGAUUCAAGGCAAUCAUCUGCUGUUCCGGACAAAAGCACGACGAGUAGGGGCGGUGUGAAUGGAAGAGAGAACGGUCAUGGCUCAUAUGAACUACCCUCUUCUCGUCAUCACAGCCAGCCAUAUCAUCGUAACGAAGCCGCGCCAAGGGAAGGGCCCACAUACGACAGUUAUAAGCCAGCCUACGAUGGUGGUCGCGGUAAGGACUCGAAAAGUCCACCGAGUGCCCAUACGGAUUCUCAUACGCAAGGACGCCCUCCAAGAGAAUCAUCUAUUGACUACGAGUCGGCAAAGAAGCCUUACAAAAGAGCACAGGAGGACCAGUGGAGGACCGAUCGCCCCUCCACCUCUUCGAAGCCCAGUUAUGAAAACAUCAAGGACAAUUUUACAAAUAUAGGUUUCCUCGAUCGAGUGCGCACUCGGGGCAACGAAAUCGACCAAGAAAACGCGCCAGAUCAGGUUCGGAACCUGGGCACUGCCAGUGACAGCAACCAUCCAAAGGCUGAAGAGCGGCGUGUUCCGUCUUCCGCAGUGGGUCCUACUGAGACCAUGAUGUCUCAACCUCCAAUGCCAGUUAUCGGCAAGACUGCAACUCCAGCGGCUACGAAAGUAACCUUUGACGACAAGCCCAAAUCUGCCGAUGGUGCUGGGCUAGAUGGUAAAAGCGCAGUACCUGUGGGACAAAACACGAACAAAACUUCCAAUAUACAGAUCAAGGGGUCGAGCAGUGCCAGUACAUCAUUGCCAAACCAGACAAAACCGGAUCGUAUUGAUCCAAACUCGAAAACUACAAGCUCGACUCGGUCACGACCUUCCACCAUGCAACAGACCUUGGGUGACAGGCCCGAGCCUGUUGACAGUUCUGGACCUGACGGUAAAAGCGCAUUACCUGCCGGGUACCCCACGAAUAAAACUUCCAAUACUGGUGUCAGGGGGUUAGCCAGUCCCGGGUCAUCAUUUUCAAACCAAAGAAAGUCGGAUAGUAUCGAUUCAAAUUCGAUAGUUACAAGCCCAGCCCGUUCCCAACCUUCCACUAUGCCACAACACAAGUUUUCGGCGGCCGAGACAGAACGGAGCUCUAGCCACAGCCCUGCUAGAAGAUCCACGACAGGACCGCAACUGAGUAACGGUCAUCUGAAUCCUUCAGCGCCCAGUCCCGAAAAGCCUCUACAUGGAUCUCGAAAGCCCUCUCCAGUGACUUCGGUGCCCAGCCCGAAGCUUCCUGCAGCGACUACAGGGGGCGCAAUCAAGGAGGACGUAUUGGUGAACACCAGGCCUACACCGUCUCCGGUUUUAGCAAACGCAAACCCAAGCAGAUCGCCCAAGGAUGCCCGUAAUCCAAUGGCUCAAGAGUCGGAAUCGUCUCAAAAGCCGAGGAAUGGCGCUCCGCCAGUGUCCAAGAAAAGGGAGCUGCAGGACGAACCAGGAAAGGAGCCAUCAACAACCGGUCCGCCAGUCAAGAAGAGGGCCGAGAUUGCUCAAAAGGCUGCAGAGCUGGGCGGCAUACAUAAGUACGACCUUACUCCGGACGUGACACAUCUGAUCGUCGGCGAAUACGACACCCCGAAAUACCGCCAUGUCGCCAAGGAACGACCCGACAUCAAGCCUAUGGCUGCAGGCUGGAUCGACGCCGUCUGCAGCCUCUUCACCAUGGCAGAGCCCAUAAACUUCAAGGCGCUCGAGAGGGAAUGGCGCCUGAAGACGUUUGAGACGGAUGGCGGCAACGGACGCGGCCGUGGUAGACUGCUCAUCUGCCUGACAGGCUUUGAUGAUGCCGACGAACGACAGUCCAUAACACAUACCAUCACUUCUAACGGGGGUUCCUACACGGGUGACCUGACCAAACAUGUCACACACCUCGUAGUACACCAGCCGCGGGGCCGAAAAUACGCUGCGGCGAAGGACUGGCAGAUACGCACCGUAUCGAUCGAGUGGGUUCGGGACAGUGUCGAACGCGGUAUGAUCCUCGACGAGUCGCUAUAUGACCCGCUGCUGCCGCCCGAGGAGCGAGGCUUGAAUGCCUGGAACAGAAACGCGCCGGCAAGGCGGUCCGCGGCCGGCAACAAACGGACCCGCGAUGCGUCGUUUGUGGCCAAGGAGGGCGGUGCGCCGGACGACCGCAAGACGAAGCUACGUAGGACGGCCAGUUUGAAGCUUAGCAAUCAGAGAGAUGGCCUGUGGGGCGACAUUCUUGGAAAGCCGGCGCAGUCAAAACCUUCGCCGAUCUCUGCUGAGGUUGCUCUACCGGAGCAGGAAACGCCAGUGGUGCCUGCUGCGCCGUUGGCUGAAGGCGAUAACGGCUCCUUCAGAACUUCCUUUGCUGCACCCGACGCAAAGACGACUCCAGCUCCGGCACCGUUCGAAAUCCCCAAAGAGCGACCGGUGUUUGACUCGUGCUGUUGCUAUGUUCAUGGCUUCUCGCGGCGACAGACCGAGAUUUUGGUUAAUACGCUCGUUUCCCUCGGCGGACACGUCUGCUCUAGCUUGGAGGAACUUGGCUUGGAGAAGGCAUCGCAUUACUCUCACCGUAUACUCAUCGUUCCACAAGAGUCACAGCCAGAAAGUCAUCCAAUGCUGCCAUCUGGAGCCUCAAUAGUCACGGAGUUUUUUAUUGAGAAGUGUCUUCACAAGAAGCAUUUCUUCGAUCCGAACCAUCACGUCAUCGGCCGACCGUUCCCGCGCUUCCCCAUCCAGGGCUUUGAGAGUUUAAGAAUAGCCACCUCGGGGUUCACAGGUGUGGACCUGAACCAAAUAGACAAGACGAUUCGCCAACUCGGUGCGCGCUACGAUGAGCGAUUUACUGCAAAUACCUCGAUGCUUCUCUGCACUUCACUCGAAGCUGUUCGUAAGCAAAAGUUGGAUCUGGCGCUGGCAUGGAAAGUUCCUGUUAUUCAGGCCGACUGGCUUUGGACCUGCAUCUCAACAGGCUACAAGGUCCCGUUUCGGGAUUUUAUGUAUAAAGAGCUUAACCAGAGCAUCACGCCACCGAGAACGCUCUCUGCAAACACUGACUUGACUAGGUCACGGUCUGGGCCAUCCGACAAGGAGAAGGAGUCCAUGCGCAGAACAAAAUCAGCUUCUGCAUCUCGUCCUUCAACGACGGAAUCUGCCUCGGCACAGGGCCCUACGCACCCAGCAGCACCCGAAAGUGCGGGUGAUGCGACAUCGACGGUACCCAUCCAGACGGAAACUACUGAUUCUCCCGAGAAUAUUGGCGAACACGAGACGGAGCCUGCACAAGAAGAGUCUGGUCGUUCCAAAGAAUCGAAUGAUGACGCCGGAACAAGUGACAGAAGUCGAGACCGGUCAGAGCCAUUGGCAGCCAAGUCGGCUAGUGCGCUUAAUAAAACACCCCCAGCGCAGCAAAGCCAUGCAGAAGAAACGUCUGCCGUGGGAGAAGAACAACCGCGGCCGAUUGACAAGCCCGCGGCACAGAGGAAGCUUGCAAGAAUAGCAAGCGAGGUUGCCGACUCGGACGCCGACGAUUCAGAUGAGGAUGCUCUGGCCGUGGCCGCGCGGGAAGCGUCAGCCCAAAGGGCCCGCGAGAAGAAGUUAAAGGACGAAGCCAACCGUCUGGCUUUGUGCUCCAAGCUGACGUCCCUCCUCGACGGUAAAACGAGCGCCCCCGGUUCAGCAGACGAGCAGGACGCAUCCGGAGGGCAGUCAACAGUAGCGGGAGCAGCACCACAGCCGGCCCGUCGCAAACGCAAGAUCAUGGGCCGCGCAGUCUCGAACGUCUCUAUUGGCUCCAACGGCAGUGGUGGCGGCAGCGCAGACACUGCCUCUGCAACCGGGGACAAAAGUUCAGUGACAGGCGCAGAUGACAACAAAGCCAAAGAGAACGCGCCUCCGCCAGCUACUCAGCUUGUGUACGAUGCGCCACAUGCGGACUAUUUCAUGGCGCAGUUGAGGGCGGGCGUGGCCGAUGGCAAGAAAGGGCCGCCCAAGGAUGCCGGUGGAGGGGAGAAGCUCACCCUAAAGGACUUGCAGCAGCCGCAGCAGCAGCAAUAUGGUACAAGUGCGGCUGGCAGGAGGACGAGGAGACGAUGA